AUUUUAUCUUUUUCUUUUCUUUCUUAUUCACUAUGUAUUUCGUAAUAAUCCAUGAUUCCAUCUAAAGGAUCUAACAGCGAUGCUAACUCUAGAAAAUCAACCAUGAUUAUCAAGCGCAACCAAGCGGGACGAGAACAGAACUCAGAUCAGAUCUAUGAGGACCUUAUGAAUGGUGACUUUUCCAUCAUUGAUCACAGUAGUAGUAGUAGCAGUAGUAGCAGUAGUAGCAUUGACACCGAGGAUUUUGCUCCAUCCAGGCCAUUAUCCUCGGAUGAACAUUGGAAACAAAUGGAUAGUUACUGCUUAACAAAUCGACCCGUCUAUGAAGGACGAUAUCAGCGACGACGACGACCCAACUAUUACGAUGAACAGGAACUUUAUGAUCGAGAGGACGCUUUCAGGCGAGAGCAUCAUUACGAUUAUUCUAUACCAUCUACUCCAAGACCCACUCGAGCUUGUCAGUGUCAUACUCAAUUACCUCUCUAUCCACAGCACCCUCCACAGCGAUAUCGCUACAAUCCAAUGUAUCCUCACUAUGAUGAGAACAAUGACGCAGCUCACUAUGUUAGAGCGGACCGACAGCAUCAUUAUCGUUCACAUGUUGCUUCUACUCCUAUGUCAAGUGACCAGCAACCCGUGAAGAAGCUGUCGGCUGCGAACAAAUACUUUGUCAGAAGACGAUCCAUUGAUAAAUAUAAUAGAGACGAACUGUACAUCCCCGGUGAAGAUAAGUACAUUCAUCUCAAGCUUGGCCUUUUUAUCUUGACUAUUGGUUCAGUGUCCUAUGCUUUGUUUUGUUGAAUCCAUUCACAUAUAUACCAUUUGCACCUAUUUUUUGUUACCACAGACACAAUAUGCACACGCCAUACUUUUGUUUCCUGCAGCAAGCAUUUUGCAUUACCAAAAACAGGGAGAAAAUCCCUUUUAAAGUAACUGAUCCCCUCUUCUUGUCCUUUUUGUUACACCACAACUUUCUUUUUGAACCAUACAUUUAUCUUUUUUUACCAUUCUAUCUUUUUUGG